AUGAGCGGACUACCUCCUCCUCCACCACCUCCCCCACCGCCCACCGCUGGAAAUGCUUAUACACCUUCAGCACCUCCCCCACCCCCACCUCCAGGUGGAGCUCCUGCUUCUACAAGUGGAUCAGGAGGACCUCCUCCUCCACCUCCAGCUAACUUCAAGGGCUUUAAGAGAAAAUUUGCAAAUCCUCCAAAAAAGAUCAAGAAAAUGGACAAAAAGAAGAAAAACAAAUUGAAGGAAGAAAUGCGUGCUCCAGCUGGAGGAAUGAGUUUGAUGGAUGAACUGGCUAAAAACUUCAACAAUGCUUCUAAAAAUGAGAUUUCUAUUGGAGAUAGCGAUGAUGAACCUGCUGUUGAAGAACAAAAAGCUCCAAGUGUUCCAAUACAACAUACUACACAGAAUAUGAAUUUAAGCGAGCCUCCACCUCCCCCACCGCCAAUCAGAAGCGGAGCUCCUGUUCCUACUGCAAAUCUUAAGCCAGCAAGUACCUCUUCUGCUCCUCCUCCCCCUCCAAUAGGAGGAGCUCCUUCUGCAUCAACCAUAAGUCAUCCCCCUACGACCACUCUUUCCAGUCCUCCUGCUCCUCCGGCGCCUUUUCCAGUUGCUACUCCUCCUCCUAUGUCGGUCCCUACAGCUCCACCUGCACCAGUCAGCAACUUUGCUGAAAUGGCUGUUGACGCUAAAGGAGGCAUCUCUGUUGGAGUGUACUCGCUCCACACUCAGGGUUCCUCUUCAGCUCCUCCCCCUCCACCUCCUCCAAUGUUUGCUCCUCCACAGGAGGAGGUCAAAGAUGAGGAAGAAGAAGUAGACGAGGAUGAGAUUACAGAGUUCCUGAAGAAGAUCAGAAAGCAAGAAGAAAGUGAUGAAGAAGACAAAGAAGACCAUGAGAAUGUUAGAGCAGCCAGAAUGUCGAUAGUUAAAAGAAGCAAAGCAGCUUCUAUCAAGGAAGAAAGCACUAUUAAAAAUUCAGACCAGUUUUUGGAUACAGACCAUGCUGGAUAUACCUCUACUGUUUGGGUAGAGAUUAUUAAUGAAGAAGGAGACAAAGUUUUCUUGAACAGAGUCACAGGAGAAAUCGCACUUCAGAAGCCUGAUGAUGACCAAGCACAAGAGGAAUAUGAAGAGUCAAAGGAAGACUGGAGAUGGAUUCCUGAUAAAGAAGAAGCUUGGAUGCCAGCUCAAUUUAUUCAGAGAAGGCCAACAGGGAAAUAUGAGUAUAAUGAUGUUGAAGGCAUUAUGUUUACUAUUUCAGAGAAACUACAUAAGAAAACUGUCAAAUUCAACAAGAAAUCUUUACAAAAUUAUGUGCAUGAUCUCUUAAUGCUUGAUGAGGGUACAGAGGCUACUAUUUUGCAUAAUAUCAAGAAUAGAUUCCAAAAGAAAAGGAUUUAUACAAGAUUAGGAAAGAUUCUUAUCUCUGUGAAUCCUUACAAAUUAUAUCCUAUCUAUACCCCAGAUGUGGUAGAGAAAUAUCAAGGAGCCAGAAACACGUCAUCUCUCCCUCCUCAUAUUUAUGAAGUGGCAAAAGGAGCAAUUGAAGAGCUGAUUAAAACCAAGCAUCCUCAAUCAAUUCUUAUUGCUGGAGAAUCUGGAUCAGGAAAGACAGAAGCAUGUAAACAAUGCAUGCAGUAUCUCGCUGAAGUAGCAGGAAGUGAAUCAGACAUGGAAAGAAAGCUUCUUGAUUGCAGCCCUAUCCUUGAGUCCCUUGGAAACGCUCAGACAGUUAGGAAUGAUAACUCCUCUAGAUUUGGAAAAUGGAGUGAAAUUUAUUUUGAUCAAAAUCAUAAAAUUGUAGCAGGACAAGUAAUCGACUACUUGUUGGAAAAAUCAAGAGUCACUCACCAAGAAAAAGGCGAAAGAAACUAUCACAUUUUCUACCAACUUUGUAGAGGGUUAACUGAACAGCAGAAGCAAGAGUAUAAAAUCAUGGAGGUGGAAAACUACAGAUAUCUAACUCAAAGUAAAAAGACUAAAAUCAAAGGAGUUGAUGACAGUCAAGUUUUCUCUGAGACGUUUGCAUCAAUGGAGAAAAUCUUAGGUAAAGAUGCCACUAAAAGUCUGGUCAGGAUAUUAUCAGCUGUAUUAUUGAUAGGAAAUAUUGAAUUCAUCGAUAAUCAAGAUGACUCUACUAGCAUUAAUCCGAAUUCAAUGGAUACUAUCGCUAAAAUAUCUUCUCUAUUAGGGAUAGACGCUGCAGAUUUUGAAAAAUUCCUUACUAUUCAAUCCUCAGAAGUUGCUGGCAGCGAAAUGAUCUCUAACAUGACCCUUCCUAAGGCAGAAGAGGCUAGACAUGGUUUAUCAAGAAUGAUCUACCAAAGGUUAUUCCAAGAAGUGGUUAGACUCAUAAAUGAUUCUCUCGAAAGUGAAUCUGCCACAAAAAGCACCAAAAGAAGAUACAUAGGAAUUUUGGAUAUUUAUGGAUUUGAAAUAUUUAAGAACAACUCUUUUGAACAGUUUAGCAUCAACUAUGCGAAUGAGAAACUGCAACAACACUUUGUCAAAUAUACCUUUAAGACAGAAGAAAAAGUUUACGAAGAAGAUGGAAUUUUCUGAGAGAAGAUUAAGUAUAAAGACAACAUUAUGAUCCUUGAGGUCAUUGAAGACAAGAUGACAGGAAUCAUUACCAUCCUUGAUGAUGAAUUAAGAAUCCCUCAGUCUUCAGAUCAAAGACUUCUCGAAAAAAUUGAUCAAGCUAAUAAAGACAAGAAGGAAGCUUUUUAUAAAGACUAUAGAAAGAUAGAUACUUUCACUAUCAUGCACUUUGCUGGAGAUGUUGAUUAUAAUAUCCUUGGAUUUGUAGAGAAGAACAAAGAUCAGAGCUCAGGAAACAUGAAAGCAGUCAUGCAAAACUCAAAUAUUGAGUUAGUUCAGCAACUUUUCCCAGACACAGAAGAUACUAAAAAUAAAGCUCAAAGAUCACUAGCUUAUCAAUUCAGAAAACAGCUGAAUAGCUUAAUGAAAACUUUGGAGGACACUAAUCCAUUCUAUAUCAAGUGUAUCAAACCAAAUCAUCAUAAGAGCCCAGAUGAGUUUGACCCAAUGCUUGUGCUGGAUCAGCUAAAGAGCACAAGAAUUGUAGAGUCCCUUGAAAUUGUACAAAAAGGGUUCCCAUACAGACUUAAAUAUCAAGACUUUGCUGCUAGAUACAAAGUAGUUAAUCCAAAUUACACUGGAACUAACUGGAAGAAAGCAACUGAGUUAAUUUUAAAGAAGCUGAACUAUGAUACAAACAGAUUCAAGCUUGGGUAUAACUUUGUUCACUUCAGAUCAGAAGACAAUAAAUUUAUUGAAGCUCAGAGAAACCUCAGUAUAGAUAAACUAAUCAUCAAAGUUCAGAAUGCUGUCAGAAAGAGACAAGCAAAGGCAUUAUACAGAGAGCUUAGGAAAUACAAGCAACUUUGCCUUGCUGCUUUGGAAGAUGGAACUCUCCCUGUUGUAGAGGCUGCCCUGAAAAAGGGAGAAAAUCUCAAAUUUAUCAUUAAAGAGCACAAACAGCUUAAGAACCUUGAAUUCAAGCUAAAGGAAGAGCUUGAGUUGCAGAGAGAACUUGAGGAGCUCGCCAAACUUAAAGGAGCUCAGAAUCUUGACAAGAUGGAAAACUUAGUUCAAAGAGCAGACAAAGUUGGGUUUAAUAAUCAAGAGAUGGCUAGGCUAAAAGAGAUAUAUGAGAAAGAGAGAGAAAUCAAGAAAAUUCAAGAUACUCUUCUGAAAGCUAUAGACAGCUUUAUGGAUAUUGAAGCUCUCAGAGCUGCACUUGAUAGAGCAAGAGAGUUAGGAACUAUUCCAACUGAGCUUAUUGAAAAAGCCCAAUUGAUUCUUGAAAGAUAUCAAAGAGAAAUAGAUCUGUUUAGACAAGUUCUCCAAGCAUUUACUAUAGGAUGUCCAACAGAUUUCACACAGGGGCCUCAGCAAGUUGAAUAUUCUCACAUUGAUCCUCUAUUGCAGCAAUUCAGAAUGGUUCAACCAUUCUAUAACCAACAGGAGUUCCCUCAACACUUAUACGAAUUUGAGAUUAUGUUUGGAAUGAGAGCUGCUGUAAAAUCAGAAGACUUCAAUCAAAUGCAAGCUUACUUAAUAAAAACAAACGAUAUUUUCAUGAACGAGCACUUCCAUACGGAAGUUAAUAUUAUGAAACAAGUUGUUGCUCAUUUUGGAGAGGUCGAGAAGAUCAAAGCUACUGUCUGGACUGCCAUCGACACUAUGGACCUCAAUACGAUCAGGUAUUGCAUGGACCAAGGAGAAAUUUAUGGAAUCAACUGGGAAACAGUUGUUAGACCUGAUGAUGGGGUUCACCAGGCUGUCACUAUGAGUAGCAUUUUCAACUCAGUUAUCUCAGAAGCAACAGUUGCAGUCAACGUUAUGGAAAGAGAGAUCAUGAAGAGAUGGUAUGAUACUCUUUGCGCAUUCAAAUUACACAAUGAAGUGUACCAAGCUCUGAAGUAUCUCCUUGAAGAAGUUGAUAAAGUCAAAUUUGAUCAGCUUGCGUACAAGGCAGCCAUGUUCCUCAAAGAUGAAAAACUAAUCAUUUGGAGAACUAUAAAAAUGAAAGAAUUUGAGUUUGUUGGUGAUGUGAACAUGUCUAAAUGGGUCCUCAGCUCAUGUCAUUUACUGAAAGACCCAGAUGACUGGGCUGCAGGAGGUGGUUUCUUCAAAAGUAAGAAAGAUCUAUCUAGAGGAUUCUAUUUAUACUCAAAGAAGUCUAUUCAUGAAUCUCUGACAAAGAAUCUCAAUAAGAUACAAAAUAAACUAGCUGUUCAGACAUUUAAGAAUCUACUGGGAUACUCAGGAGAGAAGUCAGUUCCAUAUCCAUACAUGUCUGGAGUAAAAGUCCUUGAGACAGGAAUUAAAAACGCAGAUCUCAGAGAUGAAAUAUAUGCUCAGAUUUUGAAACAAUUGCUGAAGAAUACCGAAGAAGUCUCAAAGCUCAGGAUGGAGAAAUUUUUGAUAUUGUGACUUCAAUGCUUUGCUCCACAACACAUGGAGAAUUAUGUAGAUUUCUUUAUUAGAAAGAAAAUGAAAUACCCAAAAGUCCUUCUCUAUAUGAUGUACGAAAGAGUCUGCAUCCAACAAACAGUUAACUACGAAGAUGAUGCGCUUCAGAAAAUGGUGAAAUAUGCAAAGAAACCCAGUGAGAUUCUGGAUAUUGAUGAGUACUUACCAUCAUACAAUGCUGGCAGCCAUCCUCAUCUAGCCACAUACCAAGGAGGAUUAAUAAAAAAAGAUGCUAAGAUAAUGAAGUUAAAGUAA